GGAUUCGAACUCAUGACCUCUGAUUCCCAAGCCCGUGCUCUUUCCACUGAGCCACGCUGCUUCUCAUAUGUAUGCUAACCCUUCUCAAACCUGCUGAGAUUUGUGCCCUGCACAACUCCCUGUGGUUCCAAAUUGCAGAUGUUUACCGCUCACUGUGUGAAGAAGGGUUGUCCUCCUUUUCACCCUGCAACCUUCAAGUUUCGGAGGGUGCCUGAAGGAUUUGACCAUCAGCAUUGAUCCCCAGGCAGUUUCAGCAGGCAGUUGACCUAGUUGGAGUUCAGUAAGGUUUAUUAGCCAUCCGGUAGGGCCCCGAGCUCCAAGAAGCUGCUUCUGCCUUGCAGAGAGAGACGCCCACACCCACCCCGCCCCCAUCCCCUCCCUGCUUCCCUCAAACCAGGACUUUAUCCCAGGUGUGCCCUUUGUCAUGUUUAGUGUUCCUAAUGCCUGAAUAGUCUCUGAGCACCACACUUGCUCCCAGUUCCUAUUGCCUUUACCCAGUGCAGAAAUCUUGUCUUUCCCAGCGCUUAGUACAGUGUUCUGCAUGCGGCAAGUGCUUGAAUCCUCUUAUUGUUACUCUACUAUUGCUACUAUGCUGCAUACUGGGACUUUCUUCUGGGGCCAGCUCUCCACGGAAGUUCCUCUUUGGCCUUUGAGCACUCGUGCUAGGAAAUGGCUGAGCCUUGAAGGUCCCUCGCACCCACUGGAAUCCUGCCAUUUGUGCUUUCAGGCCUUCUCUUAGGUGUCAGUAGUGGCUAUGUUGAGUGCUUUGUGUUGAGGUGAAACUUGCCUCUCUCGCCCUCUGAGCCAAAGGGUGGUCCAAAACACCCACUCAUCAGGUGGGACUGCCUACAGUGCCCCUCAACCUCGGUCUCGUGGGAUCCGGGGAACCACAAUUCCAUAUUCACCCUGUCUGCUCCCAUAAGGUAAAUCUACUCUUUCCAUGGGAGUGACAGGCAAAAGCAGAGGUGUGAGGCCUGGACCCCUUUUCCUCUUCUAAUACGUGAGUGAAAAAGCUGGGUUGGGAGAGGGGCACCAAGUUCUCUGAAGCCCCGGUUUGAGCGAGGGUCUGUCUGAUUCCAAGAAAACAUAUCGGGGGAGGUCUCUUUGCAGGGAACGCCCGCACGGCCAAAGAGUCUCCCCACUCCUUGCGAUCAGAGCUGCAAAUAGCUAAGCUGGUUAUUUAGAAGCAGGAUGGUGUCCGACGCUACACAGGAGCGCUUCCGUUGCAGUAGCUGCGCAGUUGUGGAAUAACUUCCCGUCUAUCCAUCUCCAGGUUCAUCCCACUCAGAGGAAGCUUUGAUGGGUUCCUUCUUGAGUUGGAUCAGUUGGUCUUUUUUAAAUUAUCAUUCAAUUUCUCUCCUUCUGGGAGGAACUUUGAACCCAUUUUCACGGUUAGCCCCGACAGAGGGCCUUCUUCCCAAAAAGGAACACAGCGGCCGUGACCAUUUCCCUUCAGCUUCUGUAGUGGGCUCUUUAACUUGAAUCCGGCUUCCUGAAAUUCUUGCCUCGGCAUCUUCCUGUCAGAAUGCUUUUUUCCGGCCCGCCACGCUGAGCACGUUUCCAGAGAAAAGACCAGAAUUGGUUCCCCAAAGCAACACCUUAUCUCAUGGCCUGCUACCAGCAGUUCAAGAAAUGUUCUCGUGUUCUCAAUAGACAAAUAACUAGGUCCACGGAACUACAUGAAACUAGCCCGUUUUUCUCAACUCCCCUGGAGUGCCUCUUUUGAAACUGAAGUUAUUACAUGGCAGGAGGCUCGGCCCUGCCUAUCCCUUUCCCCAACACCCACCCACUUCAAGAACUGGCUGUUUUGAUUCUAGUCAUUUUCUUUUCGGGAUUAUCGACCAACCGGAAAUGGAUGGAGCAGGGUUAUGAUAGCUUCUCUUGGCGUUAUAAUCUACUACAUUCUACGUAUGUAGAAUGUGUAGUUGAAGUACAAAGAUGAGUACUUAGAGCUCUAGAUGAGCGAGUUGAGCUGCUCUGCUCUUUGAAAAGUAAAGGACCUCAAGAGCAAUCUGGCUGAUCUCCAAAAAUCACAGUUUACGGAUGCCUCGCGUAGGCUGUGUGACAAGAAAUCCAAGUUAUUGCAUUAGCAUUGCCUCAAGAGACACCCUCGUGCUCGCCCUCCCACCCCCCAAGGGCUGCUAAACUAGGAUAUUUAAACUCCAACGCUAGUUGUCUAGCCUCUGGUUUAGAGUCUUCAGUGGAUUAUGCACUGCCCCCACCCCCAACCCCCGGAAAUUCUUCGGAACACCGAAGCACAGGGAAACAUCCUGCAGCCCAUCCAAGUUGUGGAGGGUGCACAGCCGGAGUAUAGAAACAGUUGGUGCGUCACCUGGGCCUACCAGAGCCCCCACUUUUGGAGCUGAGUGCUGUAGCUGCCAGGCGACCCCUCCCAGCACUAUCUAGAUGUGGAAAGGCCGGCGGCUUCCAGUCCCGAGUCGUCGUCGUCCUCUCCCCCAACCCGCCCGCGCUGUACUCCAUGUGGAGUGGAGACCCGGGCGGAAGAGUCUGAGCUCCAGGGAGGGAGAUUCGAGACAGGACGCUCCUGGGAUUUUGGGAAUUCCAUGGCAGCCUGGCACCUUUGACUUCUACACCACACACACACUGGACAUGAUUAUGCGUGAUGGCCCGACCUGUUGCCCAGGUCACCUGUGGAUGUUCAGAGACGAGGAGACCAACGAUAGACUUCUGGUUAACCAAAAGGAGUUGUUUUCCCCGACUCCCAAUGCGAACGGUCAGCCAACUUUUGCCAACAUUACGAUUCCAGUGUACACCCUGAAGGAGAGAUGUCUUCAGGUGGUCCGAAGUGUAGUCAAGCCCGAGGACUACAGGAAGCUCGAUAUCGUCAAAUCGCUGUAUGAUGAUCUGGAAGAUUACCCAGAUGUUAAUAAGGAUCUGCAUCGUCUGGCUUGCGAGAAAAACGAACCAAGUGAGCAGGAUGCAAAACGGGAGUCUGGAGAAGAUAAUUAGUUAAGUUUCUGUUCCGGAGUUCCUGCUGUUUAAAAAAAAGGGUGAAAAAGGCCAUGGUGAUGGGAGGGAAGGGCGCCAUAGUUUAUUGGGCAUCUUGUUUUCAGGGGGGGGUCUUUAAUGUUUAAGAAGUCACUUGUAGCAAUUAGAAAGUUAAACGACCUUGGUUUCGGUUAGUAUCAGUUAGUAACGUUUAUAGAAUAUAUGAUGUUUGCCAAAAGUCAAUACUGGAACCCCACAGCCCACACUCCAUUCCGAAGUGCAUCCUAGCUCUGUAAAACAAGAGCCGAAUGGGACCAAGUUGACUUAUCCUGCUGUGUCUUAGGGCUCCCUCUAGUCCGUCCUGCCCCACCGGCUAGGUAAGCUUGAUUGACUCCUCUGAGCCAACCCCCGUCUGUGGGGCUCUGGGCAGUACUACCGAAAGGGUUUUAGACCAAGGGUCCCAUUCUAGAGCACGCUGUGACAUUCAGGGAGUGUAAAGUAGUGAGCGGCUGGGCCCACCCAACCGAAGGGUCCUCGACUUAGCUAAAAAAACGGGCUUUCCAGUGCUGCAUUAGAAUAGUCAAGUUAGUCUUUUAAGGUAGAUAGUUUUAAGUAAGCACUUUUAAGACAAGUGCCAUUUAUUCCCUCGAAGCAGUAUUUUUUGUGUGUCAACGAUACUGUUUCUUUCCCCGUCCAGGAGUCAAGACUGGUAGGAAGGUAGUGAGUAUUUAGAGUUUUAGAGGGUUUUGAAAGUGCUCCGUUUCUGUACCAACUUCAAGUUACAUUCAUUGAGGAUGAGAGCCUUAAGCCUAUGCAAGGAAAAGUCAUGCCACGUAACGGUAAACCCAAGUUAAAUGCCAAGAAAACGGUGGCUUGCUUUAAUAGCUUUAGAGCAUUUGGAGAUAGCGUUUGUAAGGAAAUGUUAUAUUUUGAUGUUCACAAAGUAGCAAAUAAGUAUUUGAAAAUAUUUUAACCCUUUUGAUAGGAUGACUUUUAUAAUUUAUCUUAACUCGUUUUUGUCUUUUAUAGCAAAAGUACUAUUGAUAUUUUUACUCUUCACCCCUUGGUGGAGCACUGUUGAAUCUCUGCUUGUAAGCUAUGGCUUUGCCGAUUAGAAUGUUUUUGUUACUUGAUAUUUGCACAUUGUAAAAGAAGUGGGGGGCAGAGCAGGGGGAUUGCAAUCUUCAUAUACAAUUCCAUUGUUAAGAAACUACUGUGAAGAGAGGGAGGAUUUUGACCAGUACUGUCAGUAACUGUGAUUUAAAAUGGAUAUUUUUAUGUCCUUUUUAUAUACCAGUUCUAUAAAAUAUAAAUUUUCAUCUUAUGCCAACAUUUACAGUACCACAAUGGAGUGGUUUAUUCAUCUUCUAGCCAGAAAUGGUGAGUUUGUUGUUGUUUUAAUCAACAUUUCAUGAGCUGAACAUCUGAGACAGAGGAAGACUGGAUCCAAGAGCCCCAGAAUUCCUAUAUCUGGUAGUGGUAGUAAUAUGAAAUUUAAUGCUGUUAUUUACCUUUUAUAGUUACUUUACUAUGAAAUUUCUGUUACUGUUUAAUAUAAGGUGUUGGCGGCCCUUGAAUAUCGGAUAAUACACACCUUAAUUCAUCUUUAUUCCUAUUCUUAUAUUAUUAAAAGUAUUACUGUUUCAGCA